UGGCAACCCAGUCCGCAGCUGAUGAAGGACGUCUUUGCUUUGUCGGUCUGCGAAAAAUCAAAUAAAAUUUUCCUCCAUACUUGUUUUGUGGUGCGCUUGGCACUUAUAUUGUUGGUGAAAAUAAGUGCUAAAAAACAUACAUUGUGGCUAAGGUAACGCCUUACCCGAGCAUGAGUUAUUCCGGACGGAAUAAGUUUGAGAUCGCUCGGUUUUCGGGCGAGGAUGACUAUCAUAUAAACAGGAAGCUGCCAAAGGAACUGCUGCUUAGAAUACUGUCGUAUCUCGACGUGGUCUCACUAUGUAGGUGUGCACAGGUAUCAAAAUUAUGGAACAUAUUGGCUCUGGAUGGCUCCAACUGGCAACGGAUAGACUUGUUCGAGUUUCAAAGAGAUGUCGAGGGUCCGGUGAUAGAGAAUAUAUCGCACAGAUGCGGCGGCUUCCUCAGGGAGUUGUCUCUCAGAGGAUGCGAGAGCAUCGGAGAUGGUUCCAUCAAGACAUUAGCACAGUCCUGUCCAAACAUCGAAGAUCUAAACCUGAACAAAUGCCGGAAGAUCACAGAUAACACAUGCACAGCGCUCGGCAAGAGAUGUAAGAAGCUGCAAAGAAUAAAUUUGGAUUCGUGCUCGAACAUCACAGAUAUAUCACUGAAGGCGCUUUCUGAUGGAUGUCCGCUGCUAACACAUGUCAACGUGUCCUGGUGUCAGUCUAUCACGGAGAACGGUGUCGAAGCGCUAGCCAGGGCCUGUCCCAGGCUCAAAACCUUUAUUUGUAGAGGGUGUAAAAAUGUAAAUGACAAUUGCGUGUCGACUCUCGCCACUUACUGCCCGGAGCUACAGGCGUUGAACGUCCAAGGGUGCGAUCAACUGACAGACGAGUCUAUCUGCAAGCUGGGCGGCGGCAUGCGGCGGCUGUGCGUGUCGGGCUGCGCGCGGCUGACGGACAGCAGCCUGGCGGCGCUGGCGGCGCGCUGCCCCGACCUGGUGACGCUGGAGCUGGCGCAGUGCAGCCAGCUCACCGACGCCGGCUUCCAGGCGCUCGCCAGGAGUUGUCGGAUGCUGGAGAGGAUGGAUCUCGAAGAGUGCGUCCUCAUCACAGACAGCACGCUCGUGCACUUGUCUAUGGGCUGUCCGCGACUUGAGAAACUGACGCUGUCCCACUGUGAAUUGAUAACGGAUUACGGUAUCAAACAGUUAUCAAUGUCGCCGUGCGCUGCCGAACAUCUCACAGUACUUGGGCUAGACAACUGCCCACUAGUCACAGACGGUGCCUUAGAACAUCUGACGUCCUGUCACAAUCUGCAGCUGAUCGAGCUGUAUGACUGUCAGAUGGUCAGCAGAAACGCUAUCAGGAAACUUAGGAACCACCUGCCCAACAUCCGCGUGCACGCGUACUUCGCGCCGGUGACCCCGCCGGCGGGCGGCGGCGGCGCGCGGCCGCGCUACUGCCGCUGCUGCCACAUCAUCUGAGAGCUGCUGCGGUGGCACGCCCGCGGCUGCCACGCCAGGCCCUACUGCUACAAGCACUAGCGAACACCGACCUACCGACUGCGAUACACUGUUUUACCGACUGACAUGUUAGAAGGUCGCACUAGAUACUACUGUUUUACCGACUCAGAUGAUGGUUGGCGACGUGACACUGUAUUACCGACCGAUGGACUGUUUUACCGAUAAAGGUAACUGUAUAUUACUAACCGAUGUGUCCUUUUAUCGAAUGCAAUGCUGUUUGGUAAAGGUAAUCAAUUUAUUCACUUAAAUAUCUACACGUUUCGACUGAUCGGAGGUUAUCAAUAUCUAUGAAAAAACUGUUUGGUUAACAUGUAUGUAACUGCUUACCUGAAAGAAAUCGUUGUUUUAUGAUGUACCACAAAUUUGUAGACAGUUAAUCAAAUUAAUUGAAAUUAACUGUCUUUCCAUUGUAGACUAAAAUGUAUUGUAGUAUCUUGAUUGAAGCUAUGUGUGAUACUUGCCCACUGCUGGGCAUAGCACUCUCGUAUCGUAUCUCUUGAGUCAGUUGUUAAAAUAUAGUUUUACACAAACUUGUUUUGAAUAUUGUAUCUUUCAAUUACUUUUCAAAAUGUUUCAUGUCCUAAAAACUAUAAAGUUUCCCGCAUUUAUAUAAGAAUUAUAUUGAAUAACUGACUGUAAAACAUAAAAUAAAGUAAAUCGGUGUCGGCAUCCAUCAUAAACGGUUCAGUAGUUUCUAAGUAAUGUUUAAUUGAACGAACAAUAAACGCCGAAUUCACAAACUUGUAGGUAAAAUGCUUUAUCUAGUUAUAUUUAUGUAUUAAUUAAUAUUUAUAUAUUAAUGAUCUUUUGAACGAUGUAGUCACUAUGUAUUAAAAAUUGAGUCUAAGGCGGCCAGAUUAGGGAUGAUGUGAAUGUGCAGUUUCGAAUUCGGUUAAAGAUAUUCGGAUAUUCAGAUAUAUGAAUCGAAAAAUAUCAGUUUCGGAUAUGAAGAAAUUUUAGAUUAUCCGUUUCUUAUAGAAUCUUUCGGUUAAGGAUACAAAUAAUGCACCUCUUGUGUGACAACUUGACUGAAAAUAAAUUUUAACUUCCGGCUUUCUUGACUUGUCAGUUCAAUACAUUUGAAGGAUUGGUCAGCGUUUGCCAUCAGAUUCUACUCGUUUCUUAGUCUUGUAGUCAUGACUAUACCGUUCAAAUUAUUUAAUUAAUAUAAUUAACGUAUUUCGGCAAAUAUCUUGAACCAUUUCUUCUGAUCUGACCUUCUGACCUUUUACCUAAAUACCUUUGUUCAAAUUAUACUUAUGUAAAAACAAAAUGAGGUUUCUACAGCAAUGUCACGUGAUUAUCGCUGAUAAAUUGCGAGUUAUCUAAUACCUGCAGGAUACUUCUUUGAAAACCGAUUUCAAUCGCCAGAUAACUUUUAUCUGACGAAUAUGUUUGACGUUUUGACAGCUUUUGUAUAGAAAAUAUGUCAAACGGCCAUAUUUAUUCCUCAGAUAGAAGUUAACUGAUGAUUCAAAAAUCAGCCCUAAGUAGAUCUGUAAUUUAAACUUAAUUGACCUUUUACUUAUCAAAGGUCAAAGGUCUCGUUUCAAGAUGUCUGCCGAUAGAUAAUAAAUUGAUGUCCACACAAGAAAUGAUAGCUGUAUCCAAAAAAAA